CUUGCCCCUGUGGUCAAGGGGACGUAACUACGUCAGAAUCGCACCCUGGUCACUCGAGAGUUCCACUCGACUGUGGUGAAGACAGUUGACGCGCUUCCUAUUGGAGACAGGUCUACACACCCAAAGCGAUGAUGUUUUUAAAGCGUAUUGGAGGAGUUCGCCUGACGAACCUGAGGUGUCCACCAUUCAAAGCUAUUGUCAACGGAAAGUGGUUUAAGCGAUUUCUCCGUUUCCUGCUUUUCCUCGUAUUCCUGUAUACCCUCUUCAUUGUUACACAAUGUUGGAAACUCUACCUCUAUGAUAUGAUGGGUUGGGAACGAGAGAAAUUUAUUUGUGUAAAAUUUCGAGGUCGUCUGGCAAAUCAUAUGUUUGACUAUGCUUUUCUCUAUGCCUUUGCUAAGAAGAAAGGUUUGUCAAUGAUUGUUCCUCCGUCAUACCUUACGAAGGUAUUUGGGAUCCAGCCAAAGACAGGAGAUCAAUAUGGCUUUAGUCGAUACAUGUGUUGGUGUUUCUGGACAAUAGAUGACAAAUGGAACUGUGCAUAUGAUACAUCAUUUGAGGACUUGGAAAAAAAUAAAGAUCUGUCGUUUCGAGGUUUCUUCCAGUCUUGGAAAUAUUGGAAAGAUUAUGAUGCAGACUUGCGUAAGAUUUUUGUUUUUCAAGAUGAUGUAAAAGAUAAAGCAGGGUCUUAUAUGCAGAAGAUUUUGAGAGAAACUGGUAAGAAACCACAGAAGGGAUCAAUCUUGGUCGGAAUCCAUGUCAGACGUGGGGAUCAAAUUGAAAGAAGUGACGUUAAGUUUGGCAAACUUGUAGCUACGGAAGGCUAUCUUAAUAAAUCCAUGAACUAUUUUCGACAGAGAUACAAGGAUAUCCUGUUUGUUGUGAUUUCUGACGAUACACCAUGGGUGACAACUACUUUAAGCAAAUACAAGGAUGUUUAUAUUGUGUCCGGCAACUCUGGAGAAGUAGACAUGUGUCUGCUUACAAUGACAAACCACACAAUCAUGUCUGUCGGAACAUUUGGUUGGUUCAUCGGGUGGAUGACCAACGGAACAGUGAUUUAUUAUAAGAAUGUUGCGAGACCUGGAUCUGGAUACGAAUGGGAGUUUGGACCUGGAAUCCAAGACCACUUCCUACCUCAUUGGAUCGGGAUGGACUGAUCAUGCAUUGCUAAUUAUAUAAUGAAAUGAUUGAAUGUUUUUAUAUCUUUA